AUGUAUAGGGCAAUGGAGAUGGCAAAGGACAUCAUUGAGGGGACAGAGAAGGAACAGUAUGGGAAGCUACACAAUUAUUUAUCAGAGCUGCUUAAGGCUAAUCCUGGUUCUACAUGUACUAUGAGCACACAUCCACAGCCAGAGGGUUUGCCUAAGUUCAGAAGUUUAUAUAUAUGCUUAGAGGCAUGUAAGAGAGGAUUUAAACAUGGUUGUAGGCCUUUCAUUUGUCUUGAUGGAACCUUUCUUAAGGGGUACUUUGGGGGUCAACUACUCACAGCUGUAGGACAAGACGCGAAUAAUCAUCUAUUUCCUAUAGCAUAUGCUGUGGUUGAUGCUGAAACAAAGGAAAAUUGGAAAUGGUUCUUGCAUUUACUACAUGAAGAUAUCGGGGAUUACAAGGAAUUUGGGUGGAACUUCAUGAGUGACAAGCAAAAGGGACUGGUUCCAGCACUCCAAGAAGUCAUGCCAAGAGUUUCACAUAGAUUUUGUGUGAUGCACAUGUGGCAGAACUUGAACAAGGGAUGGAAGGACAAAGAGCUAAAAGGAGCUCUAUGGCAGUGUGCUCGGGCAAUGACAGACUUGGAGUUCAAUAAUGCAAUGGCAUAUGUCAAGCGGAUCAAUGUAGGAGCUUGGGAGUACCUCUCAAGUUAUGAACAAUCAUCAUGGUCGAAAUCAGGAUUUUCUGAAUGGCCUAAAGUGGAUAACGUUACUAACAACAAUGCUGAAUCAUUUAAUGCAACAAUAGUGGGCAUGAGGGGAAAAAGUAUCCUAACAAUGCUAGAAGAGAUGAGGUUCUACAUCAUGAGGGUUAUGGCACAGCACAAAGAUGCUUUAGCAUCAUACACAGGAAAGCUGGCACCUAUUCAGAUGAGUAGGCUGGAAAAGGAGAAAAAAGAGGGUAAUUACUGGGAAGCCCAGUGGGUUGGGGACGAUGAGCAUAACAUAUUUGAGGUGAGGAGACAUGGACACAGGGUUACUGUUAACACUCUAGAAAGAACAUGUACCUGCAGAAAGUGGCAACUGACUGGAUUGCCCUGUUGUCAUGGAGUGGCUGCCAUCCAAAGGAAGAAUCACUGA